AUGAGGAUGAAAAUCUGCAGCUGCCUGUUGACCUUAGUGUUGGCCUGUAACGCCACUGCAGAAUUAAUCCAUGAAGCAGUGGAGGAAAAGAGCUCAGUCUCUCUUCGUUGUCCUCACUCUGUGGAGGGCACCGUGACGUGGAGCAGAGAGAAUGAUGGAAGUAAAGUUGACGUACUGACAGCUGGAGGUGACCAGGACAUAAGACACAUUCAUGACCCACAAAGACGAUACAGUUCAUUGGUAGAUAAGUCUCUGCACAUACGCAGAGUUAACGUCUCAGACUCUGGAAGAUAUUUCUGUAACAGUGAAGCAGCUGUGGAGCUGACGGUGAUCCCAGCAGGAACAAGCAGACUUCAUGCUACAGAGGGGACAGAAGUCACUCUGACGUGCCCUCCUCAUGUUGGAGGAUCACAUAAUGUAAAAUGGAGCAGCACGAACGCUGUUGAAAUACAAUACCGGAAUGGGUUUUAUGUUUCAUCUGUUGACCCGACGUUGACUAUAACACACGUGGAGCUUGUUCACUCUGGACUUUACUACUGUGAUGAAACACCUGCUGUGUAUCUGAAUGUGACCAAAGGUAAAACCACAACGAGACAAACAGCAGCAGCAACAACUGUUCCAUCAACUACACCCCCGACUAUUAAAGAUACGACUAAACGACACCAAGACACGACUAAAACAAGCUCAACCACCACAUCUACAACGAGACAAACAGCAACAACUCCAUCAGUGACAAACAGCAACAACUCCAUCAACAAGACAACAACAGAAUCAACUUUUAAAACUUCAACAACAGCUAGAACAUUAACAACAGUGACAAACACAAAUGAGAAACCACCUCCUGGUUUGGUGUAUGGAGUAGUUGUGUCCUUCCUCUUCCUCCUAAUCAUCAUCAUCAUCGUCUACUUUACUCGAAGAUGCAGGAUUAAAAGACAAGGAAGUGCAGAAAGAUGUCUGGUCUAUGAGGAGAUACAGGAUGGAUCUGUGUUACAGCCGACAGAUGUUGGACCAAACCAUAACGAUCACAUGUACUCCACCAUCUCUGAUCUUCCACGAGUGGAGAAGAAGAGCGAGACAACAUUACCUAAUGACUCCACAUAUUCCUCGAUCGGCAACCCGUUCAUCGGUGGAAAUAAUAAAGGUCCGUCACAUGACCCUGACAACAUAUACUUUUUACUGGAGAAACCCAAAGCACCUGGAAACAACACGGACCAACAUCUUUAAUUUAACUUCUCGGUGUUGGAAGUAGAGAUUAGAGGCCUUUACACACCGCAGAUAAAUAAGAAUGGCAGGAGUGGUCCUGGUUUGCGCUGCCUUUGUCAAGUUUGAAAGGAGUAAUAAAGUUUGCCCUCUUUGUUUGGACCAGGCAGCUGUGAAGCCAAUGUGAAAGUGUCUUAAAGCUGCAUUCUCUCUCCUGUCCACCAGGGGGCGACUCCUCUGGUUGUAUAGAAGUCUAUGAGAAAAUGACUCUACUUCUCUCUUGAUUUAUUCCCUCAGUAAACAUUGUAAACAUGAGUUUAUGGUCUCAAUCUCUAGUUUCAAGUCUUCUUCAAUACAGCAUGAUGUUCAUUUAGUAAAUGAUGCUCCAUUUAGAGUCAAACAGACCAUAAAGCAGGGGAUGCUUUAGGGCGGGGCUCUGCACUACCCGACUGUAUUUUAUGCUGUACAAAAGCUUUUACCAGAAAAAAGUAGCUUUUUUGCUGCAUAAUAUUUUCUAACUUUUUGAAAUAUAGUUUGAAUAAAUAUAGACAACUAAUGCGCAAGAAAACGCCGCUGUUGCAUAAAUGUCUUAAAAAGGCCUCUUUAUGAAAACAUCUCAUGACUUAUUAUUUGUGCAUUUAACUCUGGAAAUUCAGGGUUAACCCAGAUUUCUCAAAGGUGUAUAUAGGCUUACUGGCAGGUCCAAUGACAUCCAGGUACUGGUUCUGGUUCUGGUUCUGGCUCAAAAGCACAAAGGCAUGAAAAAGGGCAGCAACUUUGACGAACUACAAGAGAAAAGUUUGGUAUUUGUACAUCAGGGCUGAUGAGGGAAAGUGGAGACAGGUGAGCAGGUGAGAGUGUCAGGUGACUAGAAGAAGGAAGGUCUGAGGACAUCUGGUGGACAGGUGGAGGAUGGCAGACAUGUAUUAUAUUUAAAGAAUACUCUGUAAAUACUAGCUACGUUAUCCCUUCUUAACCAAAGUGUUUCCCUUUAGAGGCCAGUAACCAAUUUAUUUGUAAUAUUUCAACACACCUGUGUCAUAAUCUGUUGUUUGUUCACUCUGAGCUGUCG